AAAAACCGAAGUAGCUAUAUAAUCUUUGCUUUAUGUAGGACCUAAAUGUUACAAAAAAAUGUCGUGCGACUGUAAAAAGGACGGAAAAACGCCACAAAGUCAAAAAGCAAUACUAAAAGCACAAGCAACUAAAAACUACUAUAGUUAUUAUGAUACGCCGGAUGGAUGUGAUAUUCCUAAAAAGAUCCUAGCAGCGUCCCGUUUGGGUGCAAUAAUCGGUGUACUAAUUGCUACUAAAGACAUUCUGCUCUACUCUCAUGCGGUGACCGUUGGGCCCAUUAUAAAACGAUAUAUCUACCACACUGGCCCGUUGAUGGCGAUGGGCGCGACGUUCGCUGCUGUGUCUAACGGCAUGCUUCAGUAUAGGCAAGAGGAUGACCACUUAAACUACUUUGCAGGUGGUUUCGCCUGCGGGCCCAUACUCGCAGCCUACUUAAGGAACUACCACGCGAUUCUUCUAGGCGGGCUUAUUCUCGGGACCUUGGGGGCCAUAAAGAAGGAAGCCCUAAUUCAGGAAGUACCCCUGUUCCCUAGCCCUCCAGGGCAUAUGCGCACGAUUCGUGAUUGGAGGAACAAUUACAAUAUCCUGUAUAAGGAUCCUUUGGAAGAGAUGAAGAAAACGUGCAAUGUUCACGACAAAGAGAAGAAAUAAGUUUUUUUUGUUGGUGCAACGAAAUAUAUUUAUUUUAAUA